GAAGGCUCGGUGUAGAUUGCUGAGAAGAUUCAAGAUGGCGUCUUCCAUAGAGAUACCGCUUCGAGAUACAGACGAGGUAAUAGAGCUUCAGUUUGACCAGCUGCCUGAAGGAGAAGAACUACUGACAAUAUUAAAGCAAGAAGAUGUCCGACUCAACAUAUGGAACACACUGGCACUCCAGUAUUACAAACAGGAGAAGAUGGAGGAUUUUGUCAAAAUAUUGGAGGCUGCAAGAACAGAUGCAAACAGAUCCUAYCCAGAGAGUGAAAAGGAUCAGAUGGCAUGUCUAGAUACCYUGGCAGCUUUUUAUGUACAGCAGGCAAGAAAAGAAAAGAAUAAAGAAAUCAAAAAAGAACUUUUUACCCAGGCUACAUCAUUAUACACACUUGCUGACAAAAUCAUCAUGUACGAUCAGAACCAUUUACUGGGAAGAGCUUACUUUUGUCUUCUUGAAGGAGAUAAAAUGGAACAAGCAGAUGCACAGUUUAAUUUUGUUUUAGCACAGUCAGGAAACAAUAUCCCAGCAUUGUUAGGGAAAGCUUGUAUAUCGUUUAACAAAAGAGACUACAAGAGUGCCUUAGCAUUCUACAAAAAAGCUCUACGGACAAAUCCAAACUGUCCAGUCAUGCAAAAUCUUUCUUUAAAGGAUUACAGCAAAGUACAACACCUUGCUCUCCAUGCAUUUCAUGGAACAGAAGUGGAAGCAAUGCAAGCAGAGAGUUGUUAUCAGUUAGCACGAGCCUUUCAUGUUCAGGGAGAUUUUGAUCAAGCAUUUCAAUACUACUAUCAAGCAACGCAGUUUGCUUCUCCAAGUUUUAUUCUGCCUUAUUUUGGUCUUGGACAAAUGUACAUUGCCAGACGUGACUCUAACAAYGCUGCUCAGUGCUUUGAAAAAGUUUUGAAGGCUAUGUCAGGCAAUUACGAAACUAUGAAGAUUCUUGGUUCGCUGUAUAGCCAGUCUGUAGACUUGGACAAGAGAGACACAGCAAGGGAUCACCUCAAAAAAGUGACUGAACAGUACCCUGAUGAUGUUGAAGCAUGGAUUGAAUUAGCUGGAAUUUUAGAACAGUCUGAUGUGCAAGCAGCACUGGAAGCAUAUGGCACUUCCUCUAACCUUCUCAAAGAGAAAGUSCAGGCUGAUGUACCACCAGAGAUACUUAAUAAUGUUGGUGCUUUGCAUUUUCGUCUUGGUAAUUUGAAAGAAGCCAAGCGCUUCUAUGAAUCUGCUGUUGAGAGGUCUAAGCAAGAGUCGCACAAUGAUGAGGGUUACUAUAAUGCUAUAUCWGUAACCACCAACUACAAYUUAGCCAGGCUGUAUGAAGCUAUGUGUGAGAUAGAAAAGGCAGAGCAACUGUACAAAAGUAUCCUUAGAGAGCACCCCAACUACGUUGACUGUUACUUGAGGCUUGGAUGUAUGGCUAGAAAUCGGGGGCAGAUUUAYGAAGCAUCUGAUUGGUUCAAAGAAGCUUUGCAAAUUAAUCAGGAUCACCCAGAUGCAUGGUCUUUGAUUGGUAACCUUCAUUUAGCCAAACAAGAAUGGGGACCAGGACAAAAAAAAUUUGAGAGAAUAUUAAAACAGCCAUCUACAGAAAAUGAYGCUUAUUCACUGUUAGCACUGGGCAACGUAUGGUUACAGACACUACAUGCACCAUCCCGAGACAAAGAAAAAGAAAAGAGACACCAGGACCGAGCAUUGUCUUUAUAUAAACAAGUAUUGCGUAAUGAUGGACGAAACCUGUAUGCUGCUAAUGGUGUAGGUUGUAUUCUCGCUCACAAGGGAUAUCUACGAGAAGCACGGGACGUUUUUUCUCAAGUUAGAGAAGCUACAGCUGACAUACCAGAUGUUUGGCUCAACCUUGCACAUAUCUAUGUGGAUCAGAAGCAAUAUGUAUCGGCCAUUCAGAUGUAUGAAAAUUGUUUGAGGAAAUUUUACAAACACUACAAUAUGGAGGUUAUGCUGUACUUAGCUAGAGCRUAUUAUAGGAUGGGAAAACUGCAAGAAUGCAAGCAAGUGCUUAUCAAGGCGCGCCAUGUUGCUCCCAAUAAUACAAUAUUGCUAUUUAACCUGUCCUUGGUCCAGCAAAGACUUGCUACAGCCAUUCUAAGGGCAGAUAAAAGUCCUUUAAAAGUAGUGUUAGGUGCUGUAAGAGAACUUCAACAAGCUCAAAAAAAUUUCUCUUGGUUAAGUCACCAUGGAGACCGCAUGAAAUUUGAUCUUGCCUGGGCAGCCUUUGAAUCAAGGCAUACAAGUGACUUGUUGAGUCAAGCACAGUAUCAUGUGGCCAGAGCACGCAAACUUGAUGAAGAAGAACGAGAACUACGACGUCGACAAGAAGAAGAGAAGCAAGCUAUUAGGCGAACUCGAGAGGAAGCUUUGCGAUCAAAACAAGAGCAAAAGGAACAGCAGGAGAGAGAAUUGUUAGAAAAACGCCAGCAAUUUGUUGAAGCGACCAGGAACAAACUUGUGUUUAGCAGYGAGCCCGAACCAGCAGCUGAAAAGAAGAAAGGAAAAAAGAAAAAUAAAGAUGAUGACCUUGUUGAUGAUUCAAGCAGUGAUGAAAUUGAAUUUGGUGAAGAUGGUGAAGCCAGACCAAAAGAGAAAAAAGAGAAAAAAAGAAGAAAAAAACAUGAAGAUGGGGAAGGUGAAACUAGAAAAAGGAGACAAGCUAAACAACGAAAACCGCGAGCAAGAAAAGAAAAGCCAAAGAAAACAGAAGAAAGAUUAUCUGCCAAGCAGAAAUUGAAGAUUAAGUCGAAAGCAUAUAUUUCAUCCUCUGAGGACUCGUCAGAUUCUGAGGAAGAAAAGCUGAAAAUUACAGAAACAGGAAGUGAUGGCGAGGACAAAAAGAAAGAGGGGUCCGAUCCAGCGCUURAUUCGGAAUCAGACAGGGACCUUGAUGUGAAAAGUGAUGAAGAAGACAAGAGCAAUUCUGAAAAUGAUGACAGCGCUGACGAAGAAAGGACUGUAAGAGGAAGAAAACGUAUAAUAGCUAGUGACGAUGGUAACAGUGAUGGAGAUAACGAUCCGUCACCAAAGAAAAGAUCCAGAAAACAUCUUGUUAGUUC